GACGUUUGCUAAUUUACUCCGCAGGCUUGUGAUGAAGCCCGGUUGACGAUGUCACUGUGCGGCGGGAGGUGCGGGAAGAGCAGCGAGGCCGAGGGUAGCAGAAAUUCCAGUGGCCAAGCUUACUACGCUCUCUUUAUUUUUACUAUUUUGACUGCUGUUAAUCAGCUGCACAGAUAUUUGCUGAUAGCUGCCAUCGAACCAAUGUCUAAUGACCUACAAUUUGGAGACAAGAUUUGCACCCCUUUCAACGAGACAUCCAUUGAUAUUUACAUUCAAGAUUAUGACGAUAACAUUACUGCUGAAGAAUUCUGUUUGUAUGAUGAUGGUAUUAGGUGCACCAAUCAAACUAUGUUCCAAAACACCACUCUCUGUGACUGGCUGUACACCGGCACAGGCUCGGAGUAUGAGAUCCUUGCCGGACCUGUCUUCAUCAUCGUUCUUGGCAUUCUCGGCGUUCCAGUCACUGUCCUUGCUGAGAUGGGACGUGUCAAUCGACGGAAUGUUGUCGGGGUGUGUACAAUCUGCUGGAGUCUCACCAUCCUGUGCACGGGUUUCUCUCAAACGUUGGCUGAAAUCUACGUCUGGCGGUUUCUCUUAGGGUUCUUUGAAGCACCUUUCAACCCCUUUUCUAUGACUCUACUUGGGACUUUCUUUGGUCCAGAUCGCCGAGGGCUGGCCAUGGGUGUGGCGGCAAGUGGGGCAUACCUAGGCUACGGCUCAUCAUUUGCUUUCAUCGCAGUCGUCGAUCUUAUAGGAUGGAGGUGGACUUACAUUUCGACCGGCAUAGGGGGCGCUGUGCUCGGUUUUUUAUGCCUUAUCACUGUCAAGAACCCUCAAUCAAAUGUGAAGGAAAAUCUCGGAUCUAGGCAUCUCGGAUCGAUGGACAACGUUCUCAAGGCGCUCGGUGGAGAACCCUGGUCGGUGCUCUUGCCAAUCUUCCUAGCCUUUGCGUGCAAGAUGGGUUACCAGUACACUCUCAGUUACAACCUCAAUAACUACUUUGUGGAGUACUUUCCCUCCUUCCCAACGGAUAUCUUUCUCAGCUGGAUGCUGGCUCUGACUGGGAUACUUGCAUUCAUCCUGGGGGGUUUUCUGAGUGAUAUAGCAGGCAAGCGGGCAGGGGCCCUUGGCAGACUGUGGACUAUCGUUAUCUUAGAGAUGAUCCAAAUACCUCUCUACAUAUUCUUCAUUCUCCUUUCACUGCCAAUCAACAUUAUUCUCGGUGCUCUUGGAAUAACCAUCGGCGAUGGAUGGAACGGCAUCGGUCUUUCCGCCCUAGCUGACAUCGUCUCCCCCGCUCUCAGGACCGUCAUCUUUGCCCUCUUCUUCUGUGUUAUGGAUGUAAUUGGUGGAUGUGUCAUUGUUGCUGUGACGCCACUGACGAGCAUCCUUGGACUGAAGAUCGCCCUCUUGUCGUUAGGGACAGGAAUGCUUGUGGGAGGUACGCUUCUGAUCUUACUGGCAAUUGUAGCCCUGGUGUUGCUCAACCGUCGUAGGGCCAGGAGCUACAGUUUGGAAAGGACAGAGGAAGACGCCCUUUACAAUCGGAGUGUAGGUAAAGCCUCUCAUGAAAAGACACCUUUGAUUUCUGAAGAAAGCACUCCAACAUAGCAUCCAGUGGCUACCAUAUUUACAUAUUCUUAUGCACCAGGAAGAACUAACCUAUUAUUGUGAAGUGCUUAAAAGAUUAUGAAUUGAAUCCUCUGUAUGCUUCUGGAUGACUAAGGAUAUUACUGCCCUGAAUUUCUUCUAGGUCAUGAUUUAGGUUACACUUCGUAAUUCUGAAACACGUAAAUUGCCUAUACCUCGAUGUUCAUUAAUCUGAAAAACGUAAAAGGG